AUGCUGGGUCCGGUGAAGAUGGAAGGGCACGAGGCUCCGGACUGGAGCGGAUACUACAACGAGGAGGUCUACUCUCCAAUGGCAGGCGGUGGGAUGGGUUCUAGUCUGGGAAUGGGCUCCAUGUCGGGCUACAUGUCGGGCGGCGGGACGUCGGGUUCCUUCAACAUGUCAUACGGAUCCGGGCUAAGUCCGGGAGGGGGGAUGGGACCAGGCCCAGUGUCCAUGACUGGCCUCGGGGGGGGCGGGACCAUGAGCCCCCCCAUGAGCUCGGCCCAGCAGGUGAACCUGAACCAUUACAGUGCCGUGAGUCCGAGCCCCGGCCUGUAUGGAGGAGGUGGGGGGGGCAGGAAGGCGUUCCGGCGCAGCUUCCCUCAUGCCAAGCCGCCGUACUCCUACAUUUCGCUCAUCACCAUGGCGAUCCAGCAGGCGCCCAGCAAGAUGCUGACGCUCAGCGAGAUUUACCAGUGGAUCAUGGACCUGUUCCCCUUCUACCGGCAGAACCAGCAGCGCUGGCAGAACUCCAUCCGACACUCGCUCUCCUUCAACGACUGUUUCGUCAAGGUCUCUCGCUCGCCUGACAAACCGGGGAAGGGCUCCUAUUGGACGCUGCACCCGGACUCCGGGAACAUGUUCGAGAAUGGCUGCUACCUGCGGCGCCAGAAGAGGUUCAAAUGCGACAGGAAGCCAGGGAAGGAGGGGGGGGCGUCUCCAUCAGAUAAACCAGGACCCCCAGACCCCCCCCCCUCCAGCCAGGCCCCACCCCUCGGCCUGGCCCCGCCCCCCGGCCUGGACCUGAAGCUCCUCCCCCCCCACAUGGAUCUGAAGGACCACUACGCCUUCGACCACCCGUUCUCCAUCAGCAACCUGAUGUCCUCGGAGCAGAGCAAGCUGGACCUGAGGGCCUAUGAGGCCCUGCAGUACUCAUACAGCGGGGGGACUGGGGCCCGUGGCCCCGAAACGCUGGAGCCUAACUACUACCAGGGGGGGGGUUACCCCCGCCCACUCAUCAAUACCUCAUAG